UGCAAAAGCAUUUAACGGUCUUCCAUGAACAAUGACACUCAGGGUGUCUCAGGACUGAGUGCCACAGAGAUCGCGGGACAAACCUGCCUUGUGCUCAAGGGGCUAAAGCGUAACAGAGAAAACGCCAAUAUCUCAGAGCAGGACACGGGAGCGCGCACUGGCCUCAGAAAUGGACAGACAGAAGGUGGAGGCAAACUGACACAGGGAGGCACACGGUUUUUAUUCUGAAACUCAAAGGAUUACUGCUGUGAAGAGGACGAGCCUCCGGGAGGGCAUACUGGGAAGCAGGACAGAGGGGAGUGUGGCAGAGGCGGGAGAGGAGUGCAGAGAGGGGAAUGUACGCUGACGAUUGUCCCUGAGGACAGUGGAGAGCUUUGAGGACAGUAAGGACGAGGACAGCUCCUGGUGACAUUAACGGAGACUGCAUGCCUGACACCUGUGCAAGGUGAGGCUAGCGAACCAACAGAGAUGGAUGUGUUUGGCGGUGCGCCCCGCUUCCUGGCCUACCCCCGCCCUGUGGUCGUUCAGAGCGGCACCGACGCCGCCCUAAAAUGCCAGAUCGGAGGGGACCCCCGGCCGGCCGUCAUCUGGGAACGGAACAACGAGCAGAUCCACCCCCAGGGCCGGUACCGCCUGUUUGAGGACGGAAACGUCUAUAAUCUCAUCAUCUCUGGGGUGACCUCGGAGGACAGCGGCCAGUACAUCUGCAAGGCCAAGAACAGCAUCGGGGAGACGUAUGCGGCGGCGACGCUGAAGGUGGAGGGAGAGGCACAGGAGCAGGAGCUGCGGGAGGAGAACAAGCCGCGCUUCCUCAUCAAGCCCCUCUCCACCCGCGUGGGCCGCGGCGAGGAUGCCGUCUUCUCCUGCAAACUGUGGGGAAAGCCCCUGCCCGAGGUGGUCUGGGAGAAGGACGGCAAGAGACUCAACGAAAUCUUCGAGAGCACGCACUUCAGCGUGGGCUACCAGGACGGGGGCUGGUUUCAGCUGAAGAUCUUCAAGACCCGAGCGCCCGACGGCGGGGUGUACACCUGCAAGGCCAAGAACGAGUUUGGGGAGGGGCUGGCGGGGGCCGUGCUGCUCGUCGACGCCGGGCCGGGCCACGAGGAGGAGAGCACUCGGAACGGGUACGCCAACGGCCACUGGAAACCUCAACAGGGAAAACAGAGAGGGGGGCGGCAGGUAGCCAUGCGGCAGAGGGAGGAUCCCCUCCCCAACUCCGCCAAAGUGAAAAUGUUUGCCGUGACCGAGGGCAAACACGCCAAGUUCCGCUGCUACGUGACGGGAAAGCCUAAACCAGAGAUAAUCUGGAGGAAAGACGGCAGGGUGAUCAUGUCUGGGAGGCGUUACCUGCUAUAUGAAGACCGAGAGGGUUACUUCACACUCAAAGUACUCUACUGCAAGCAACAGGACAAUGGAGUUUAUGUUUGCGCAGCAUCCAACACGGCGGGACAGACGCUCAGCGCUGUUCACCUCUCUGUCAAAGAGCCACUAGUACGCUUUAAGCAGCCUCUUAGUGACCUGGAAGUGUUUGAGAGGGACCUGGCCAUCCUGGAGUGUGAGGUCCCAGAGGACUCUGUCCCCAUCACAUGGUACUUGGAGGACCGCAGGUUACAGCCAGGAGCCAAGUACGGGAUGGAGGAGUGGGGGACAAAACGACGCCUCACUAUUCGUGACAUCGGAGCGGAUGAUGACGGUAUCUACCUGUGCGAGAUGGCAGACGGUGGGAGGAGCAUCGCAGAGGUGGCUGUCAAAGGUACAAUAGUACGCAAGCUUCCACGUAAGGUAGACGUCCUCGAGGGGGAAAAUGCCGCCUUUUGUGUGGAGGUAGAGGAGGAAGAAAUGGAAAUACACUGGUAUAAAGAUGGGAUUGAGCUGCGAGAGACCCACCAGACAAUCAUAAAAUCCUUCGGAAAAACUCACAUUCUUGUCUUUGUCAACACCUCACCCCAAGACUCUGGCAAGGUGACCUUCAUUGUGGGCAGAUCCAAGACUUCCUCUCAGCUCAGGGUCAAAGCGGCUAGGCAUAGCCCACCCAGUUGUCCGGUUGGUGUGCAGAUUAACACUGAACGGACCAACGCUGUCCUCCUCUCCUGGGUCCCAGCACACGACUCGCGUAAGAACCCUCCUUCGGGAUACGUGCUGGAGAGGCAGGAGGUGGGCUCCCAGGAGUGGCUGCAGUGCCUCACCACAGAUUCGGCCACCUCAGUGGAGAUUCUGGGGGACAGUGUGCCCUGUGAAGCCGACUAUCGAUUCCGCAUAUGCAGCGUCAACAAGUACGGCAGGAGUGGCCAUGUGGAGUUCCCCAGGGCAGCCCAUCUGGUCCCAGUGGCAAAAAUACAAACUCCGCUGCAAGACGCUCUGGUGCCAGAGGGCCAGGACGCCACCUUCUCCAUUGAGCUCUCGGCCUCUGUGAUCGGGACGUGGUUUCUGAACGGCAAACAGCUUCAGGAGGACGACCGCUUCACCAUGCGCCGUUCCCGCACGCACCACUCCCUGCGCAUCCGGGGAGUGCGGGACACGGACAACGGGGCCGAGAUCACCUUUAUCGCCUGCGGAGUUCGAGAUUCGGCUGCACUAUACAUUCAAGCUCCUCUGGUGAAGUUCACACCCCUUUCGGAGAUGGACAGGAAUAAAUUUGUUGAAGUCGGCAACCCCAUCGUCCUGUACUGUGAGCUGUCUGACCCAGCAGUGCCAGUACACUGGUACAAGAAUGGGGUGGAGCUCCACACAGUGGAAGGCCUUAAUAUCCAAUCAGAGGGCAACAUGAGGAGGAUCGUCAUCCAAUCAGCCGAGUUUUCCCACUCUGGAGUGUACAGCUGUGAUGCCAUUGAUGAUGUGAUUAGAUUUAAUGUGGAAGUUGAAGCUCCACCAGUGAGGUUCACAGCCCUUCCAGAGGUAGAGAAGAGCAAGUCCAUUGAAGCAGGCUGCCCCAUUGUACUGCACUGUGAGAUCUCAGACCCCAAUGCCCAGGUCAGCUGGUACAAGGACGGGACAAAGCUUUUCCCACAAACUGGAAUAGAGAUCCAAUCAGAAGGCAGCGGAAGGACACUGGUUGUCCCAUCAGCAGAGUUUUUCCACUCUGGGGUAUACAGCUGCAAGACAAAGGGUGAUGCUAUCCAGUUCAAAGUGGACAUCAAAGCUCCACCAGUGCGGUUCACAGCCCUUCCAGAGGUAGAGAAGAGCAAGUCCAUUGAAGCAGGCUGCCCCAUUGUACUGCACUGUGAGAUCUCAGACCCCAAUGCCCAGGUGUGCUGGCACAAAGAAGGGAUACAGCUCCUCCCACAAACUGGAAUAGACAUCCAAUCAGACGGCAUCAUGAAGACUCUGAUUGUCAAAUCAGCAAAGCUCUCUGAUGCUGGAGUUUACUGUUGCACAACAACUGAUGACACCAUCCAGUUUAAUGUUGAAGUGAAAGCUCCACCAGUGAGGUUCACAGCGCUUCCAGAGGUAGAGAAGAGCAAGUCCAUUGAAGCAGGCUGCCCCAUUGUACUGCACUGUGAGAUCUCAGACCCCAAUGCCCAGGUCAGCUGGUACAAGGACGGAAUACAACUUUACCCAGAGACUGGAUUAGACAUCCAAUCAGAGGGUGUAAGAAGGACACUGUUCAUCCAAUCAGCUGAGUUAUCCCACGCAGGAGUAUACAGCUGUAAGACAACAAAUGAUGCCAUCCAGUUUAAAGUGGACAUCAAAGCUGAGCUGUCCCACUCUGGGCUGUACAGUUGUGAGGUAUCUGAUGACACUAUCCAGAGCAACGUGGAUGUCAAAGCUCCAUCACUGAGGUUCUCAGAGGGAGAGAAGAACACAGCCACUGAAGAGGUCUUCCCCGUUGCACUGAGCUCCGAGCUCUCUGACACCACCGCCAAGGUCACCUGCUACAAGGAUGGAAUAAAGUCCCUCCCACAAACUGGACCAUACAUCCAAUCAGAAGGCACCACGAGGAGACUGCCUGUCCAAUCAGCAGAGCCCCCUCAAUUGAGACAGUACAUCUGUGGUGCAGAUGAAGAUGCAAUAGCAUUUAAGGUGGAUGUUGAAGCUCCAUCGGAGAACUUCACUCUACUUCCCGAAGGUGACAAGGACAAAUUCAUUGAAGCAGGCUGCCCUGCUGUAGAGCCCUGUGAGCUGUCUGACCCCACUGCCGGGGUCAGCUGGCACAAGAAUGGAACAAAGCUUCCACAAAAUGGAAUAGAGAUCCAACCAGAAGGCACCACAAGGAGGCUCGCUCUCCAACCAGCAAAUCUGUCUCGCGCAGGGUUGUAUAGUUGUGAGACAAUGGAAGAUGCUAAGCAGUUUCAUGCGGAUGUCAAAGCUCCACCAGCGAGGUUCUCACCACUCCCUGAAGUUGAGAAGAAGCGGUCCACUGAAGCAGGCUGCCCCAUUGUACUGCCCUGUGAGACCUCAGAGUCUACUGCCCAGGUCUGCUGGUACAAGGACGGGAUAGAGAUCCUCCCACAGACUAGCACAGACAUCCAAUCAGACGGCAUCAAAGGGUCACUAGAUGUCCAGCAGGCAGAGCUCUCUGACUCUGAAGUACACAGUGUUGAGACAAAGGAUGAUGACACCCAGUUUAAUGUGGACACUGAAGCUCCAUCAGUGCGGUUCAAAGAGCUUCCUGAAGAUGAGAGGAACAAGUCCAUUGAAGCAGGCUGCCCCAUUGUACUGCACUGUGAGAUCACAGACCCCAAUGCCCAGGUCAGCUGGUACAAGGACGGGAUAGAGAUCGUUCCACAAACUGGAACAGAGAUCCAAUCAGAUGGCCAUGUGAGGGGACUGGUUGUCCAAUCAGCAGAGCUUUCACACUCUGGUGUAUACAGCUGCAGCAUUGCUGAUGAAGUCCUUAUGUUCAAGGUGGAUGUUCAAGAUUACACCCCCCCAGCUUCACCAGUGAGGUUCAGAGCAGUCCCUGCAAUUGAGAGGAACAAGUCCAUUGAAGCAGGCUGCCCCAUUGUACUGCACUGUGAGAUCUCAGACCCCACUGCCCAGGUCUGCUGGUACAAGGACGGGAUAGAGAUCCUUCCACAGUUUGGAAUAGAGAUCCAAUCCGAGGGCACCACGCGGACGCUGACCAUCGAAUCCGCUGAGCUCUCUCACUCAGGGGUGUACAGCUGUGAUGCUGUAGAUGAUGUCAUAGCAUUCAAGGUGGCUGUUAAAGCUCCACCAGUGAGGUUCACAGCGCUUCCAGAGGUAGAGAAGAACAAGUCCAUUGAAGCAGGCUGCCCCAUUGUACUGCACUGUGAGAUCUCAGACCCCACUGGCCAGGUCUGCUGGUACAAGGAUGGGAUACAGCUCCUCCCACAAACUGGAAUAGAGAUCCAAUCAGAAGGCACCAUGAGGACACUGGUUAUCAAGUCAUCUGAGUAUUCCAGCUCUGGGGUGUACAGUUGUAAAACAGCUGAUGAUUUCAUCGAAAUUUAUGUGGAAGUUAAAGCACCUCCUGUGACAUUUGCCGAAAUCCCAGAGGAGGAGGUCCACAAAAGCGUUGUGGAGCUGGACCCGCUUGUUCUCCGCUGUGAAGUGUCCAGGCCUGACGCCACAGCCCUGUGGUAUAAGGAUGGAGUUGAGAUGCAGCCGAGCAGCAACAUCACCAUACAGGCCGACAGCUCUACGAGGAGGCUCAUUAUCCGAUCCACCCAGCUGUCAGACUCCGGGACAUACACAUGCCGUGCGGGUGACAGCGCCUUGAUGUUCAAGGUUAACGUACGCGAGCCUCCAGUGAUGAUUGUCUAUCCCAAGGAGGACGUUCACCUCGAUCGGCAUGUCUCUGAGGAAAUAGUGCUGAGCUGUGAGCUUUCACGGACAAAUGGUACAGUGCAUUGGUACAAGGAUGGGCAAAAGCUGCAAGAAAGCCAGAACAUCAAACUGAAAUCAGAGGGCCCAUACAGAAGGCUGAAGAUUCUCCAUGGUGGUAUUGAAGAUUCCGGUGAAUAUGUCUGUGAUACAGCUGACGAUUCAAUAUUCUUCCAGCUCAACAUAACAGAACCACCUGUGCGCAUAGUGUCUCCCAGCCAGUCCCAAAUGGAGCUCUGCCAACAGACGUCAGAACGAAUGGUACUGAGCUGCGAGAUCUCCAGGCCCAAUGCCACAGUGCGCUGGUACCGUGACGGACUUGAGGUAGAGGAGAAUGACAAUCUGAUCCUGGAAGUGGACGGAGUCUACAGGAGACUUAUUAUCCCAGAGACCACUGUCCAAGAUUCUGCUGAAUAUGUCUGCGACACUGCCGAUGACUCUGUAACUUUCUUUGUGAAUAUCGCAGAACCCCCGGUGAGGUUUGUGCGUCCGAGAAAGAUGGCUAGCUCUGUGGAGAGUUUUGUUGGGGGCCCUGUAGUGCUUGAGUGCGAGGUUUCACGCUCAAACGCGGAGGUGAGCUGGAAGAAGGACAGCGAGGAGAUGGAAGAGAGCAGCAACGUCACCAUCAUUGAGGAGGGCAUCUUUCGCCAGUUAACCAUACACUCAUGCACACUCGAGGAUUCUGGCCAAUACAUCUGUGACGCCAAGGAUGAUGUAAUGGACUUUCAUGUCAAAGUCACUGAACCUCCAGUCAAAAUCCUGAGGAAAAAAGAACUCAAGACAGAGCAGCAGUUCCUGGCAUCUGAUGAUAUUAUCUUGGAGUGUGAGCUCUCCAGGGAGAAUGGGAUCGUUCAGUGGCGCAAAGACAGCCAGAAAAUUGUAGAAGGCGAACACAUCUGCAUCGAGGAGGAAGGAGCUUUCCGUUCUUUGGUCAUCCUCAAUGCUGAUCUCACAGAUGCUGGAGAAUACGUGUGUGAUGCCAAAGACGACAACAUUGUCUUUCAUGUAACAGUCCAAGAGCCUCCGGUGACUAUCAUAGGCAAUUCUGAGAGCCCAGAAAACCACAGUCUACUAGUGGGGGAUGACCUGAUUUUGGCCUGUGAAUUGUCCCGGCCAAAUGCCACAGUGGAGUGGUACUGCAAUGGGAAGCCGCUGAGUUCAGAUCCUCGAGCCCAUAUUGACAGCUACGGCACAGUUAGGAAGCUUAUCCUGAAAGGACUUCAGUCCUCAGACUCAGGGACGUACAUAUGCGACGCCAUUGAUGACAAAAUGAUCACCAUGGUGAAAGUUCAAGAGCCUGCAGUCAAGUUUGUGAAUAAACAGGAGGUAAACCUGAUCACUGGCUACGAAAAGGAAAGCGUGACACUGUCUGUCACCGUUUCCCGGGAGAACGCAACGGUGCGGUGGAUGAAAGAUUGGAUAGAGCUCACCGGUGAACGAUUCCACACCAGAGUGGAGGGGAAUACCCACUUUUUCACCAUCGACCCACUGCAGAGGUCAGACAGUGGAGAGUACACCUGUGAUGCCAACACUGAUGAGAUGCACUUCAGCCUCUUGGUUAAAGAAAUGAGGGUGAAAUUUGUGAGGCCGUUGGAGGACACGGUGGCCCACAAGGACAGCAUGGUCACCCUGCGCUGUGAGCUCUGCAGGGCCAAGGGAGACGUGCUGUGGCUGAAGGACGGUGUGGAGAUCUCUCCCGGCCGCCGGAUAGCUAUCAGAGCUGACGGCCCAGAACGCAGCCUCACCAUCCACCGCUUAACGCCAGAGGACGCCGGCGAGUACGCCUGCGAAUCCAAAGAUGACAGGACAAGCGCCGUACUCAGAGUGGAAAUGCCGCGUAUUGUGGAGUUCAUUGCAGAGCUCCACAACACCACUGUGCUUGAAGGUGAAGACGCCACUUUCAAGUGCGUGGUGUCUCCAGAAGACGUGCAGCUGGUCUGGAAAAUGGAUGGAGAGCACAUCUUUCCCAGUGAGAAGUUCAGGAUGUCCAGUAACGGCCUGUGCCACAUGCUCCACAUCCUCAACUGUAACGUCACGGACACCUCCAAGGUGACCGCGGAGGCAGAGGGGGUGGUGUCCAAAGCCAACCUCCAGGUGCAAGAGGCACAGGUACUGUUCACCAAGAAGAUGGAGUCAGUGGUGUCAGAGGAGUAUGGGGAGGCCACUCUGGAGGUGGAGGUGAGCCCGGAGUCUGGCGAGGUGCAGUGGAUGAGGCAGGGCGUGGUCAUCCAGCCGGGCCCAAAGUUCACCCUGAAGCAGAACGGCAGGAAGCGUAGCCUCACUGUGCACAACCUCACCCUCUCCGACCGGGGCACCUACCGCUGCGAAACGCUGCACGACCGAACCCAGGGCAAGCUCAGCGUGGAACCGAGGAAAAUCACGAUACGCAGAGGACUGAACCCGAUCGACACGUUUGAACGCGACACAGCGUCCUUCGAGGUGGAGCUGUCGCACAGCAACGUGGAGGGAGUCUGGCAGAAGGAUGGAAUACGCAUCAAACCCAACAACCACUGGCGCACCAGCGCCAACGGCUGCGUGCACAGCCUCACCCUCUCCAACCUCACCCUCGAGGACACCAGCACCAUCACCUUCUCCGCCGAGAGCGUGAAAACGUCUGCCAGGCUCACGGUCAGAGAGACUCCAGUGACAAUCCUGAAGAAGCUGGAGGACCUGUAUAUCCCAGAAGGCACGACAGCAUCUAUUGAAUGUGAGCUGUCGAGACAGAACGUAGAUGUAAAGUGGCUAAAGAACGGGGUUGAGAUGAAGCCAAGCAAGAACCACCGCAUCUACUCCAUGGGGAGAAAGCGCUUCGUCCAGAUCCUGAAGUGUGACCUCAGUGAUUCCGGAAUCUACACGUGUGAUGCAGGGGACAUAAACACAUACUGCUCUCUGGAGGUCUCCGAGCGGGAGGUGGAGAUUGUGCAGGGGCUGGAGGACCUGGACAUCCAGGAGGAUCAGAACGCUGUGUUCAUGUGCGAAGUGUCCCUGGAGGAUGUGCCCGGAGAGUGGUUCAAGAAUGGGGACAAAAUACGGCCUACCAGCACCAUCAAAAUCCGGCAGGAAGGAACAAAGCACUUCCUUCUGAUGUGCAACGUGAGGGCGGAGGACUCAGGAGAAAUCAAGUUUGUGGCCAAACAGGCUGAAUCCACAGCUUACCUGGAAGUGGAAGAGCUCCCCGUGUCCAUAGUGAAGCCGCUGAGGGAUAAGACGGCCCUGGAGAAGCACCGCGUCAUCAUGGAGUGCACUGUGUCCAACCCCAGGUGCAGCAUCCGCUGGUACAAAGGCAGCAACGUCAUCCUGCCCUCCGAGCGCUUCGAGAUCUGCAGCGAGGGCUGCAACCGCAAGCUGGUCAUCCAGCAGGUGGCGCUGGAGGACGAGGGCACCUACAGCGUGCAGGUUGGAGAGCACACAUCAUCGGCCAGGCUAAUGGUAGAAGCCCAGCUGCUGCAGAUGGUGCGGGAGCUGGUGGACGUGGAGGUGACCGAGCCUGAGGAGGCCUGCUUCGAGUGCGAGGUGUCCGUGCCCGUCAGCAAGGCCCCUGGCUGGAGUCUCAAUGGAGAGACCCUGCAGCCCGGGCCCGACGUCCGAGUGGAAAACCUGGGCAGGGUCCACAGGCUCACCCUUAGAAACACCUCCGUGGACAUGAGCGGCAUUGUCAAAUUUACCAGCGGAAAGGCCAAGAGCAGCGCUAGACUCAAUGUGACAAGUAACUAGAACUAAGAGGAUAAUGGCCUUGGAACCACCUGGAUGCUGCCAACAUUACCUUGGGAAAAAGUGAUGAUGGCACUAAUGUUUAUUGUUUAUAUGAUAGAAGGAGGGAAGAGUGAAUUUCCUUUUGGCAUAUUAAAAAGAGGCUUGAGCAGGAACAUGAAGGAACAUAGGAAAAUGACUAAAUGACAAAGCUUCAUAGCAUUAUGUCUUUAUAGCAUUAUCAUGCUGAUUUGAAAGGUGAGAAAAACCUAAGAAAUGAUAUUGUAUUAAUGAAGAAACUGCAUAUGGCUCUUUGGGAAUAUGGGAACUGCUGAUUUCCGAAGUAAAGAAAAGAUUAAAUUUUGAUUCUUUAGAAACACACCAUACAAAGUUCUCACUGUAUAUAGGACCACAUCCCACAUUCACUGCUGAAGGCCGAGGUGAAUAAAAGAGAGCUACUGUAGGAGAAUCUCAACUGAAUAACCAGCUGGCACAAUCAAAUCUACACAAAACUGGGGGGAUGAGGGGAUGGAAAGAAAGAAAUAUAAGAAAUAAUGUACAGGGAUCCAUAUUCUCUCAGAUUAUAGUUGUGGAAUGUAACUGCGAUGCAAAAAAAAAAAAAAAAACAGUGGAAUAUAGUUGCCUACAGCAAAUAUUGAGGUCAGCUGGAAUGUUCAGAUUUCUGUGAAGCACUGUUCUGUAUUUUUAUAGUCAAGGCAUGAUUUUUUGCAGUUCCCAAAUCAUGUCCUUGGACCACUGCAGCUCACCUUCCAUAAAAGAAAGUCUAUUCUCUAUAAAUAAUUUGAUGCUAAUGAAUAAUUCCGUGCUCAAAUGUCUCAAUAAGUGUAUACACCUAGAAGAGCAAAUGACAGUCUUCAAUGCAUUACUCAUCCUCAGCUGGAGUAAAAACUUUCAUAUGCCAUGUCUUUCAUCAUUUAUUGUAUAUUGUUCAUUAUUUAUCCUUGUAUAGACUUCAUUUUUUAACAUUUUGAUUUCUGUUGUGGGAUGCAGGAAUUCAGGGGUACCGAGAACAAAGGGUUCUUACUAGUUUGAGGCUUGUAAUGUUAACAGGGCCAAAAUGGGUGACCUUAUCAAAGACUGCAAACGGAGGGUUUAGAAAAGUGAACUGAUAUUACACAAUAUAAAAUUUGUUAACUAACCUACGUGAUUAGCGCUGAGUAAUUGAGGCGCAUUUCAAAGUUUAAUUGCUGUUAACUUUACACUGUCUUGUAUUUUACCAGAGAAAAAGAAGUUUUCUAUGUGAGGAAAAUAUUCCAUAUUUAUUUUCUUUUAGACUAGAUUGAAUUUUAUCCCACCGUCACUCUACACACGCUCAUCUUUCAUGAAUUUAGUGGUUAGUGCUGGCUCCUUUUGUUCUUCAGGAAAUGUGAACUUUCAAUAAAACAGGCCUGAGAGAAACAGAAUGCCCAUCACUGUGUUGUGUUCUUGAGUCUGAAAAUAUGCCCGAAGGGACGAAUUUUCACUUACAUUUAGCACACAAUAACUCAGCUGCGCAUAAUUUAGGCUACAGCACACUGUCAUGCUAACGGUGGAUUCCAAUUAAUCAUUAGAGUUGAAAAACACUUCCACAAACUAGGUUACAAUGGUUUUAAUUUAAACUCAAUGUUCCCAGAUUACAAGUAUAUCAUAUAUUAAUGCCAAUUUGCUCAUUUUAUUACUGUGCAGUUACCAAACAUAUACAUAUAAGUGUAUAUAUGUAUAUA